AUGCUCAAGUCGGAAAUCGACAUAAAUAGGAUGAGGAAUAAGCUCCUAAAUCAAGGAGCAAAUUUCGCAAUUAAAGAUAAACUUGUACUAGUAAAAAGCUGUGAUAGUCUUAACCAUAAAUCAGGAACAGCGAUUCUGACACAGAAUGGAUUCCUUGUUCUUUGGGGACAAAGUAACGGCAGUCUUGAGUCCUAUAGGUCAUUAAUAACAGAAUCAGAGGAGUGUGUAAAAGAUAUUUUAAAUGUGAUUUUAGGAGAAACAAGGCUCUGUGAUGGGAAGAUCCUAAUCACAAACUCUGAUGAACGUGAAUAUGAUGAGAUAGCAACAUCAUUAGCUCUUAUGACUGCUGUUAAACUAAACUUCCUGGAGUGGGAUAUAAAGAGGAACCUUGAGAUAAGGAACACCCAACUUCUGAGUCUAAAAAAUUCAUUAGUUUCACAAAACUUGGACAGAGUUGCUAAGGCAUUAUUUGAAUUAGAAACUUACGCUCAUGACUGUAGAUACAGACUUAAUCUCCAAGGUUUGUUAGAAUAUCCCGAUGUUCUAUGGGAUUAUGACAAACAGUGUGAUUUGUUUAACCGUAUCCAAUCACUUUUUGAGAUCCCUAAAAGACUUGAUCACCUAAACCACAGGUUAUUAAAUAAUUUUAACAUGUUACAGAAUAUCUUGGACUUUGGAAACAUUGAAUUCAUAUUCUGA